AUGGCGGCCCCCGUGGCGGCAGGCGGCGGGACGGUGACUCGGCGGCUGCUGCUGGGGGCGGCCGGGGGGCUGCGGCUCCGCCCGGCGCGGGGCUUCCGCACGGCAGGGGGGCUCCAGGUGGAAGACGAGACCUGCACAGCGGAGCCCGCGGGCGACGUUGUGAACGUGGUUUUCAUUGACCGUUCCGGGCGCCGGAUCCCCGUGCAGGGGCGCGUGGGGGAGGAUGUGCUGCGCCUGGCCCAGCGGCACGACAUCGAACUGGAAGGCGCCUGCGAAGCCUCUCUGGCUUGCUCCACGUGCCACGUCUACGUGAGCCAGGAGUUGCUGGACAAGCUGCCUGUCCCUGAUGAAAGGGAGGAAGACAUGCUGGACCUGGCCCCGCAGCUGCAGGAGAACUCCCGGCUCGGCUGUCAGAUCAUCCUCACCAAAGAGCUGGAGGGGGCAGAGUUCACCCUGCCCAAAAUCACCAGGAACUUCUACGUGGAUGGCCAUGUUCCCAAGCCCCACUGAAGGCUGGAGGAGUCUCUGGGCUGCCCGCGGCUCUGGGACUGGGCCUUAUAGAGCCCAAAGCAAGGGGAGCUGGUCGGAGAAGGCUCCCCUGGGGGCCUGCUGGUGACAUGGAGAGGUGCGGGGAGAGGUUGUUAGUUUUAUAGGCCCAGGGUGAAGCGCUGAGCUUCCUACAGGCCUUGGGGGCGAAAGGAGGAAGAUGGCAGCAGCAAGGAUGCUAGAAUAACACCCCCACACCAAAAAUCCAUUCCAGCUCUGCCACCCUCUCCCCAGCACCUGUGCUCACAGCCCCAGAGGUGACGUGGGAUGGAGGAGGAGAGGGGGCCGUACAACAGCCCUACAUUUUCUGUCCAGGGAACGGGUAUUUAUUGGUGUUGGUUGACAAACCCUGCAGCCCAUCCGGAGGAGAGGAAGGAGGCUGGGGGGCUCUGCAUUCUCCCUGCCUGGCGGUCGGUGCCUGAUGGCGUGCUUUAAUAUACAGUGGGGCCUUGGUGCAUUCCCUGUGCCACUUGACAGGGAUGGCAGGGACCGAAGCCGCAUAUUCGCUGGGCUGGUCACAGUCGUUCACCCUGUGUCACUCUGUAACCUCAGGUUCAGGGCCGCUGCCCCUCCCGCAGCCACAUUCGGUUAUUAAAGCUCACGUUUGUACAACA